GUCCGCGCCUGUUCUCCGUUACUUGCCGGGCCAAGGCUCCCACUACUGUAGACACCGCCGAAGGUGGCGCAGACACAUGACGAUGCAUAGUCAUUCCAAGCGCAAAGCGUCGACGAGUGUUCCGGCCCAGAGCGACCCGCCCGUCGGGAAGCAUGCGACGACCAACAUGUUUACUUCGCACAUUCUGUACUCGAAACCAAUAGUCCUCGACGACUUUUAUCGAAACGACGUCGUGCCACCACUCCACGACCCGAACGGCAUCCUAGGUGACAUGACCCGGCACAUGUCGAGCUUGAGCCUGGCGUCGGUGGAUUCCCCUGCCGAGGACUACUACCGCGCCUCCUUCACAAGCGAACGAAGCCUGUAUGCUCCCGACAGCACCCGAUCCGCGCUCAUCAGCGAGCGUAGCAGCACGGCUGCGCUCAACAGCGACCGCAGCAGCAUGCCCCUCACCGACUCCAUAACCGACAACGAAGUCAGUGUCGUGGCGGCAACGCCGCGGUUGUCGACACCGACGAUAGUGCCCAAAGACGAGCGGCCCGCCCAACCCGACGAAGAGCGAGACUUCUACGAAAAACAGUGGAUGCUCAACUUUCAGCACUCGACCGUCCAGACGCAAGCGGUCCCCGACACAGUGUAUAUACCUCCAGGCGAGCAAGGCCAGCUCGUUCGAAUCUCCGGUCACUCGCUCGCGAGCGGCGCCAAAGAUCCCAAACAGUCGUCGUUAUCAUCGCGGCCGUAUGUUGUGUUUCGACUCGAGGUCGAGUGUUUGGCUAACAACAAGCGGUGGACAGUCUAUCGGCGGUACCACGACUUCAAGCAACUGGCGGGUCAAUUGAAAAGCCAGGGCCACCGGACCCCAUCCCUGCCGUCGCGACAACUUAGCAUUCGCCGCUCCUUCGACAUGGCGUUCUUGCGAAAACGACAGGGGGACCUCGAAGCGUGGCUCAAACUCGUGCUGGCGAUUCCAGCUGGAACGUCGCAGUGCAGUCCCGCGAUGACGCCCACCGUCCGAAUGUUCCUGACCAAAGAGGCCAACCAGCCCCCUGCUCUCGAAACAGGCACACGAGGAUUUUCGUACAACGACCCCGACACCAAGUCAUCCCUGUUCGCCGCGCUUCAAAUGACGCCGCCCCAGUCGUCGCACAGCCGGUCGCUGACGCGGUCGGGUAGCGCAGCCAGCUCCACAACCACCUCGAUGGCAUCGCGCCACUCGACGCUCUUUCUCCACCAGACGGAACCGACCAAGCAAAAGAGGAUGGCAGGCCGCAGCGUCGACCACGGGUUGGAUUUUUUAUCCAAGUCAUCGUCGUAUGCCGAUAUGGGACCGGGUGGGUCCCUUUCGACCGGGACGCUGCGGAAAGGCAUACCGACGCGGGAAAUUGAGCCGUGUUAUGGAAGCAGCGGCAUCCCGGCGGCGCCGGUUCAUAAACCGUCGACGAAAGACUUUGAACCGCUGCGGUUCAUCGGCCAAGGCAGCUUUGGCCGGGUCCUGCUCGUCCGCAAAAAGGUCCAGAACGAGCUGUUUGCGAUGAAGAUCCUGUCCAAGCAGUCGGUCGUGCAAAAAGAUCAAGUGGAGCACACACGCACCGAACGGAACGUGCUGGGCUCUAUUGACCAUCCUUUCAUCGUGCGGCUGCACUACGCGUUCCAGUCCGACACGCAGCUCUACUUCGUCCUCGACUACUGUCCUGGCGGCGACUUGUUUUUUCACCUCAGUCGGUUCGGCUGUUUUCCCGAGCCCGUGGCCAAGUUUUACGCGGCCGAGAUAUCCCUCGCCCUUGUCCACUUGCACGAACAUGGCAUUGUGUACCGCGAUUUGAAGCCCGAAAACAUCAUGCUCGAUGUGGAUGGCCACGUCAAACUGGCCGACUUUGGCCUGGCGAAACAAGGGAUUUCAAACCGCCUCGACGGCACCAACACGAUGUGCGGGACCCCCGAGUACCUGCCACCCGAGAUCCUCAACAAAAAAGGCCACGGAAAUGCCGUCGACUGGUGGAACCUUGGCAUGGUGCUGUACGAACUCCUCACGGGGCGGCCGCCGUGGUACACAACCGAGCGCGAAGAGUUGUAUCGUCGCCUGCGGUCGUCCCCGUUAGAGUUCCCCCCCGGCAUGUCCGUCGAAGCCAUGGACUUGAUCGCGGGGCUGCUUGAGCGGGAUCCAGCCCAGCGCCUCCGGGCCACCCAGGUGCUGUCGCAUCCGUUUUUUGCUGGGGUCGAGUGGGAAGCGCUGUUGAAUCGGGACGUCGAGCCGCCGUUCCGGCCGUGUCAGUUUAGCGACCCGUUGGACGCGGUCAACUUUGAAGACGACUUUACCAAAAUGCCGGUGCACUUGGCGAUGGAAGACGAGUGCGCCACGCCGAGCGACGACACGACAAACCCGUCGUCCGAACCGAAGGACAGCGGAGUUUACGGCGGCAGCACCAAAUUUGCCGGACGUGGCAACACGUUUCGAAACAUGUCGUACACGUUUCAGGGGUUUACGUUUGACGGGGAUUUAGGACUCGAAGGCGACCUCAUGCGAACCCCACCGUCGUUGUAAUAAUUAAGAGUCACGCGUUCUCCCGUCAGUCCGCCGCGUCAUCCUCUCCAUGGACCAGGCGCAAGCAAAAUCUGGAUGGCUAUGAUGAUGCCUCAGCAUC